UCGAGUUGGGAACGGCUCUAAAAAGCAUGAGCAGACGACAGGAACGGAUCAUUGUUUAGACAGUACAGUGGUCGGAGUGACAUAUGUGUAGAUCCCUCGUGCAGUUGUUCGUAGUGUGUGGUAUGCAAACACUUCAUAUGUAUUUGAAUGAACAGUAAUGUAUCGUUAUCGGAGUGAGUGGUCCGAUCUUUGUCGCUACAGCUGAUAGACUGGUGACCCCCAUGUUGACCCUGUUUCCUUGUGUUAAAGUGAAUCCGGACAGCACACGUGUGGUAUCGGGCACGUGUUCACGAAACGUACAUCUUAUGAUCUAACAUCAAAUCGAAACGGACAAAGAGAGACAACUCGAGGAUGGCUUGUUUACAAGGAAAAAGACGAACAGGAUUUCAAAGGCAGAAAAUCUGUUAUUCCGUUUCGGUUUACGUCAUGUUUUUCAUUAUUGGAUGGAUUCGAGGUUUGUUCGGACCCUCUUUUAUCGAUCUACUGUUGAUAAGUGACGUCACGUUGAAACUUGGGUCGUGGAUUUCUACACUAAAUUUCAUCGGAUAUGCCGUUGGAUGUGUAGCCGGGGGAUUUUUAUAUGAAAAAGUUAGCCUGAACGCCAUGUAUGCUGCAGGCCUUCUCUUGUUAGGAAUUCUCACAGCGGCAAUCCCUUGGUGCUUCAUCUUUGUGUUAAUGGUUGCCGUCUAUUUUUUCCAGGGGUUUGCUUCCGGUGUUGUGGACACAGUGGGCAAUGCCGAAAUGAUGCAGCUUUGGAGAGACAACAAGAAGAUGUACUUUUUCAUGGAGUUUUCUUAUUCUGUUGGUGUGUUUAUAGCUCCUAUAGUUGUCGCCCCUUUCCUAUCGGAUGUCGCCACCAAUUCUGAGAAUAGUGAUACUAACAUAACGGCACGGAACAUCACUUUUGAUCCGUAUUUACAAAAUAAUUCAUCCAUUUCACCAGUCACGGCCAACGUUACAUUUCCGGCGUUCUAUACAACUUCCGCUAAUGUGACCUUCGCUAAUGUGACCAAUCACACAAUGACUUCUCGACUAUUUGUGCCUUAUUCAAUAAGUGCAGUUUUAGCGGUGCUAGUUUCAUUGCCGUUCAUUAUCAAGUACUUCAUGGGCAGUAUAGACAAUAAUGAAGAUGAUCUCCAAACGGAAGCCAGUGGUGAUAAUAUGGAAAUGACGCAAUCGUCACCACAAGAAAGUAAAGCAAGGAUUUUGCCAACGAAACUAAAAGUAAUUUGUCUAGUAGUGAUAGGCAGUUUGAUGUUUUUGAGUUUAUCGCUAGGUGAGGGCUUUAUUUCCUUUAUAGUUGUUUACUGUGUAGAUGAACUAGAAUUUUCCCCAGCCGACGGGGCACUUGUCAGCGCUGUAUCUAGUGUUUGUUGUAUCAUUGCUAUAGUAAUAGCCAUGUUUGCCUCGCGAUUAAGUACAUUACUAUUUCUAGGAAUCCAUAUUACCGGCACACUGGUAGGCCUAUUGGGACUGUUGUUUAGCUCCAUAGAACACACCAGUAUAGGGGUAUGGAUAUCUGCAGCAGUUGUGGGCUAUUUUAGAUCAAUGACAUUUUCGUUGGUAUUUACCUGGACAAACAAUUACAUCACACCUACGACGGGGAAGAUAUCCUCCCUAUAUAUGGUAUGUACCUGUACGGGAUCUGCUGUGGUGCCGCUCCUCCUCGGCUGGCUGAUGGAGGAGCAUAACAACCUGUGGUUUUGUUUCCUGCUCAUUAUAUUUGGCGCAUGCGUACUCGUGUUAUAUAUUGUAGGAAUCGUCCUGACAAAGCGCGUUACGAAAGUGUACGGUAGAACUUUUGAUAAAAUUGUGAUCCAUGAUAUUGACGUGACAGAGAGGCUGAAUAAAGAUGGAUGAAGUAAGAUACAUGUUUGACCUGAUUGGCUCAAAGGGCUGAUGAGCGGGACCAAAAUGUACCAAGUUCACUGAAAUUUCAGAAAUGUUUCUCUCAAUACCCAUAUAAGAUACUGUAUAAUCAAAACCUUUUCAUAGACGGAAAGGUAUUAAGGUGUUUUAUCAAAAUUGUGACAGUCCAUGACACAGUUUCCCUUUUGGAGGAGGUAAACGUUACUAUAUUUUCAAUCUAAUUGAAAUCUAGAUGGUCAUUAUCACUACGUUACAUGAACAUCUAACAACAUCCCAUAUGGGGUCACGUUCUGAUGACCUUUGAUAUGUGUAU